AUGCCCUGCAGGGUCGCGGCGAAGGCAGCUCGGCGAGUCUCCACAAUACUCAACCUAUUAACAGAGUAUUACUGUUCUGAGAUUCCCAAGCAUUUGCCGUUGCUCAUCCUCACGCCGCUUGUCUACGUCCUGGUUGUCUUUUACAGGUUUUAUCAAAGCUUUGGACAGCGGCCCCCCACCAAACUACUUACCUAUGAGUCUACUCAAGAAGCUGAACCAGACAAAGUGGUGUAUAUUCGCCAGGUAGCAGUGAUUCCACCGGUUUUCCAUCGCACCACAGAUAAACAGAUGGAGGCUUUUCUGUCACCGGUCUCAGAGUUCGCAGCUACUUUGACCAAUAACUCCACGCAAUAUCCGAUGCUGUUGAACUCGACUGAGACUGAUGACCUGUUUCCUGAAUGCGAACAUUCACAAUGUUUGUCUUUUGCAUACUUGUAUACAGACCCCGCCGACGAAGAUCGCUUCUUCGCAAACCUCCAAGAAAUCACUAAAGGGCCACUACCUCCUGUCCAGCACUUUUUGUUUGACCGUCCUGAGUUGCCUCAUGCCACCAUUCCAAACUGGACUGAUGCGCCUUUUCGACUUUGGCCAACAGACUCUAGUUUACCACAGGUUGUUGCUGCACUUUCGCUUGUACUCGUGAUAAUAGAGUGGAUUCGUCAUUGGUUAAGCCCGACUAUAAGAUACAGACGGCUGAUCUUUGGCGUGCUUGUCGCUCGGAUCGCCAUGGCAAUCACAGCGGCGGUUUCAAUUGCAUCAAUGAUUUUUCAGGAGUUCUGUUUUUCAAUUGUUAAAUCGUUCUUGAUUGUACCUAUUUUCUUGGGCACAGUGAGUCUCGUCUCAAGCUCACGCUUUUUGGACAAGCUCCCUCAGGGCUCUGUAGAGUCCCUAAACCCCCUUGUCCGCUUAACGAUGGCUGCGAACCGAACAAGCUCCACUUCUGUGAGUUACCAAUUGAUUGCAGGUCAAAUACUUUGUGUUCUUGGAUUAUUCCCCAUUUUUGGAGUGCCUCCAUAUUUGUGCCCCGUCGUGUUUGUAUAUGGAUAUGCCCUGAUUCUCGACUUCAUCCUGCAUUUUAUGCUGUUUCUCCCUGUUUUGUACAUCGACCUUGUAUACCAGGAUUCUCACUCGUACAAUGCACUUGAUUCGAUUCAAAUGGGUCUAGCUACUACAAACGAGAGCGACAAACAAUGUCGAGUCCCGUUUCUCUCGAAAAUCGUUAGAGAAGUCAUUUACUGUGGUCUCGCUCUAGAUGGCAUUCUUCGGCGUGGGAGAACUCUGUUCAUGCUUGUAGCUUUGAUGCAUGGUGUCCUUGCCUACUACUUGCUUUUCAAAGGGGGCAGCUUGUUGAAUGGGUUUCAACCCAGUAUUCGCAAGGCAACUAAACUACCGCAGUACAUUGAACUAUUUUUGUCACCAGAGAAUGAGUUCCUGAAAUCUUUUACAUAUCUGGAUGUUCAUUCUCCACUGAUUAUUUCAGUUCGACGCGGAUUCAUGAGGCCAGUCGCGGAAACCAAACUGGUGUUUGGCUCGCUUCGAUAUGGCAAUACAUGGAGUAUAUUUUUUGAAAUCGCUGCGUUGGCAGUAUUUAUUGUCUCGAUUGGCAUGAUUGGGUAUAUGAUCUUUGUCCCCAAGGGCUCGCUUGACCUUAAAUACUAUCUGCCAGCUCGAGAAAAACUGUAUAUAAGCAACGUUGAGGCCACUCACGAGCUUGAUAUUUGUCUCAUGGAGACUUGUGGGAACUACGUUGGCGCUAUUUCUUGGGACCGCAGGCUGACCAUUGCUGAUACCUCGUCUCUCCAAAACGAUAUGCAUUCCUGGUCCAAAUCUGGGUCAGCAAUUACUCUUCCCCUCCCCAGUUACGUCUGGCCUGUCAAAACGCUCAUCAUUAAUCCUGCAUUCAAUCUAAUUGCGCUUUUUUAUGGCCAUUGUAUAGAAGUAUGGAACUGGCGAGUCAAAGAGAUGGUGUUCCACUUCCAGCAUGAUAUGUCCCUGGCAGAGCUUCCGCUGGCCAUGUUUUUUUUGAAAGACAGUCUGAUUUUCGUGACACCUUCAGGAAAAGUUGUUGAGCUGUAUUCUAAGGGCCAGGCCAAUGUUGUACAUGUGUUGAAGGAUUGCCGGCUUAAGAUUGUUAGCAAGGUAUCCUCAGCAAAAUCCGCCCACGUUUUGCUGCUUUUAAUCGAUUGUGAUAACCGAGUCUUCAAAGCACGACGUAAUGUUGCUGGUGAAUGGGAAACUGAACAACUUGAUAUCUACGAGUCAAUGUUAGCCGUCAAUGCCCACUGCAUAAACACCGAACUGCCUAUCUCGAAUGGAUCGGUCCAGAAAAACCUCCAAGUGAGUAAUAAUCCCUACAAUGUGCCCUGGACUCAACCCAGUGUUCGUGACGAGUCGUUCAAAGAAGUUGUUGCCAUGCCAGACAUUGAGCUGGUUUUGUUAGUUUCUGAUGUUCGCGUUGGCUUCUUUGAUAUCAAUACAGGCUUGUUCUUACGCUACAUACAGAUCGGCAACCAUGUGCCAAACUCCAUCAGAGCCCUACAUUCGCAGCCCACCCAUUGCGCCUUUUGUGGUUGUCCUGCGGUGUUGAGUAUCUCUGUGGCAUACUUUGAUGCGGACGAGCCCAACACUUUGGUUUGCCACACCUACCAGCUUCGGGAUCGACACCGUAAUGACAUCUGCUUGCGUGUGGAGCGUGAUCCUCGUGAGACACGUUGCUUGGGUUUGAUGUCGACUAUGGAGCAGUGCCAUUGGCUUGAAAACAUCGAGGUCUGGGAGGCGAGCGAGAUCAACUCAAUCCUUGGUAUAAGACGGCGUCCGGACUCAGAUGUUUCAGACGAAGCAGAAACUAUAGAGCUUCGCAACCAAGACUACACGGGCUCCCUGAACAUGAUGAGAAGCCUCAGAAAUAGAGGGGAAUCACUCAGCCCUUUACAUUCGGGCCAUCACCACUGCGACUAUGAGGCUUUUGCCCUUUCGGCAAAUGGUAAACUAACCUGCUCAGAGAUCUGUUUCGACUCGCAGGCCCAGGGGGCCAGUCAGCUGCUGGAAGACAAGAUUUCUGCCGUAGGCAAAGUUGGGACCCGCUCGGUGUGCAUUGGCGUCGGCAAUACGCUGAAAGUUCUCGGCCUAGCUCAGGCUCAGAUCUAA